AUGUUCUACAGUCACGAAAUACUCACAUCUCCCGAGCACGGGGUUGCUACGAUAUGGCUGGUGGCAACGCUAGGUUCGAGAUCCAUCACAAGAAGAUUGAACAAGAAGGCGAUACUGGACGUGGAUGUUCCGAAGGCUUGUGAGGUCAUCAUGGAUCCUGCGGCACCUAUGGCGUUGAGACUCCAGGGGAACCUACUAUACGGAGUCGCCAGAGUUUACAAUCAACAGUGUUGCUAUACACUCACAGAUGUUCAGGCAAUGCAUGACAGAUUGAGAUCAAUGUUGGGAGCUCUUCCCGGCACAGCGUUGGAUCCGACAGCUGGCAAAGCUAGGCCUGAUCAGCUCAUCCUGCCGUAUGACCCGUCAUUCCUUCCUGAGAACAAUCUACCAGGGUUGGGUUUGGAUUUCUUUGGGCUGAAUCCGUCCAAGAAUGAUCGAGCAAGCCAGCAAUCCAGCUUCCAAUUACCAAUGACCCCUGACCUAAGUCUGACCGCUACCUCGCGUAACUCCAGUUUGCAGCUUAACUUUGGGUCGCAAGAUCUAAUCCUGAGAGAUAUACAUGGGUUCGGUUCUGAGAGCGAAAUGACGAACUCUGUUCAGAGAAGUGUUCAACUUGGGCGGAUUGCCUCUACGGCUCUCAAUGAUGAAGAGGGCAUUCUUCUGCAUCCUGACUUUGACUUUGAUGAAGACGGAAAUCUCAUUGAGCUCGGGGGGCUAAACGCUGCUGCUGAGGUUGGAAAGCGCAGCUCUGGCUGGCUUGACGCUGAGGCACCUGUCACUGGUGAGGUGAAAGAGGGUGAAUUGAAUGACAUCUCCUGGGACUAUCAGGUACGAUUUGCACAGGACGGGUUGUUCUUGUUCUUACUGACAAUAUCUCCCCAGCCAAUGCUAGCCGAGGAGGGCAUGCAAGCAAUUACUGAACACGGGCAGCCGAACCCCGUUUUCAACGGAGACACGUCUAUGCCUCGAGCUCCAGAAGGGCAACACCCGGAAGACGUAGAGAACGCUUCAGAGACUCAGGAGGCACCAAUGCGUGGAACUCGAAGAAUCCCGAAAGCCGUUGCAACAGAUACUCAAACCGCGCUGCGAAACACUGAACUAGCUCAAUACAACAAUGAAUACGUGCAAAACAUGGCCGCUGCUCUAAAGCAGAAACUGAAGAAUAGAGCGCCUACCCAAGCUAGGAAGAAUGCAGAGUUCUGGGUCUUGGGCCAGGGAAUUGGUUCAGUUGGUGUUGGGUUGGGGACUUCUCAUGUCCAGCAUCCUUUGCACUUCUUUUCGGGAGAGACUUUGUACGCAUCACUGACAAGCGUCGAAAGAUCAAAGAAACGCAAGGGCUCUCCUUCGGCAACUGAAGACAGUGAUGCUGAUUCCGAGACUCGACGCGUUCGACGCAGGGAAGAGUCCGAGGAACAACUCGGCCGAGGUGGACUUUUUCAAGACGAUAACAACUUACAGGAUGAUAUAGAGAUUGGUCGUCAUGCCUCAUCAGUCCUUCGAGAUGACUCCUCCCAAAUGCCCUGGAAUAUCACAGCGUCCGUCCGAAGCUCCCGACUUGGCCUGUCUGCAACAAGCAUCUUCCGUGGAUUUGGCAGCAUCAGUGACUUUUCUGCUCGGGGCAUCCACGAUUCUGCAGUAUCCGUGCCUCCACUUGCAGCACCAGGCAGAGCUCGCAGUCGCCUAACAAGUGCAAGUCCUCUGGCUGGACGCGGCUUUCAGUACGACUUGGAGGGCCUUGCAAUCCCGGGAACCCAAGAAAAUGAUGUGAAUUUCCUCGAAGACAUCGAUCUAGCUGGCUACCUCCAGAGCGAGCUUGACGUUGGAACCAACGCUGAACCCAAGGACGAGACUGACAGGCAGCGAACAAGCUUCCGUGACCGGCUGUCGAAAUCUAGUAUGGACCAGGAGAGCCUGAACUUUCUCGAGUUCCUCAACCUCCAACUUGAGGAACCCGCUCAAGUUUCUGCAGAGCAGGAUACUGCUGCUGGCUUUCUUCGUCUUGAUGCUUCUGAAGGUAAAGAAGUAGCAUUUUCGACGCUCCUGCCUCCUGAAACUACUUCUCGUACAGUCGCCACGCAUGGCCUGAUGCACAUACUUACCCUGGCAACAAAAGGCUUUCUUUCAGUUCAUCAGGAGCCAUACGAGGAUGAAAGUACCGAGGAGUACGGUGUUCGCUACAAAUUCGGAGAGAUAUACCUGCGCUUAUCCGACAAGUAGUAAUAUCCUACGAUGGAUAUUGAUCGCAAGGACAACGUGUAAGACUGACAGCACAAUCUUCUCAUAUUUCAUUUUUCAAUCUUCGGCUGAUAUGAUGGCUCAUAUUAAAUUAUCUGCGAUGCAAUGACUCUAUCUAUUUGUUUCACAUUUCUCGUGCAAAAUGCAUUUUUAAGUUCUUUGCCUACUAUUCCUGUUUUCUUUCCCUUUCUUCCUGUCUCCUUUUUUUUAUCUGUCCUUGAUUUUACCAUAAUCAAUGCUAGAGUCUCUUGUACCUACACGAAUAUCUCUUCGAAAAGCAUAUUUUCACUUGAAC